UAGUUUAAAAGAUUGAGAUUUAUAGUUAAUCAAGUCGGGAGACUCUUUUCAUGACAUUAAUCGCAAUUGAUCUCAUGCAAAUUAAGUGAUCAAUGCUAUCGCCAAGAAUCUAUUCUUUCAAAUAUCUAAACAACAUUAAAAAUACCAACAAACCUCCUCCUCACAUUCAAAGCUUCUCUCUGCUGCUUUCUCCCCCCGCCUGCGUGACUAUCUUUAUGCCACCUCCCUCUAUAUAAAUUUGCACUGCACACGCCUCCAUUUUCAUCUCACCUCCUCUUGCGCUGUAAUGGGGAAGAUGGGCUUUUUCUCUCUUGCCCUUUUUGUUGCGGUUUUCGCCAUUUUUGCUUCUCCUGUGCUCUCGAGAACACUCCCCUUCACCUCAAAAGCCGCUCUUCUUGAUGUUGCUUCCACACUCUCGAAAACCCAAGAUUUGUUCUCACUCAAUUCACACAGCGUACUACCCUCGAAGCACCAAGUACGCCACCGACACCCGCCCGUUUCUCCCGACUCCAGCCUUAGUUUCGAGCUGCAUCCUCGCUUGUCCGUCCGUGGAACUUCGGAGAAAGACUACGAAACCCUCACAUUGGCUAGACUCGCUCGCGACUCGGCCCGGGUUAAAUCGAUUCAGACUCGGCUAGAUCUGGUGAGUUUAGACAUAAAGAAAGCAGAUCUAACGCCUUUGGAAGUUGAAUUUGAGGAACAAAAGCUCGAGGGUCCAGUGAUUUCCGGCACGAGUCAAGGCAGCGGCGAGUAUUUCUGUAGAGUGGGAGUCGGCAACCCGCCGACUCAAGCUUACAUGGUGCUCGACACUGGGAGUGACGUCAACUGGGUGCAAUGCGCACCCUGCGCAGACUGUUACCAGCAAGCGGACCCGAUUUUCGACCCGAGUCUAUCCUCUUCCUUCUCUCCCCUGACGUGCGAAACACAGCAAUGCAAGUCGCUCGACGUGUCCGAAUGCCGGAACGGCACGUGUCUCUACGAAGUUUCCUAUGGCGACGGUUCCUAUACCGUCGGAGAUUUUGUAACGGAGACUAUUACUUUCGGGGGUUCGGCUGCGGUUAACAAAGUAGCCAUCGGCUGCGGGCAUAACAACGAGGGACUGUUUGUUGGAGCCGCCGGCUUAAUUGGCUUAGGCGGCGGCCCGCUAUCCUUUCCGUCCCAAAUCAAUGCUUCCUCCUUUUCUUACUGUCUCGUGGACCGGGACUCCGACUCCGCCUCGACUCUCGAGUUCAACUCGGUUCCGUCUCCUGACGCCGUAACUGCUCCGUUAGUCCGCAAUUCGAAGCUUGACACGUUCUAUUACGUGGAUUUAACGGGAAUCAGCGUGGCGGGAGAGCUGCUGCCAAUCCCACCGUCGACAUUCCAGCUGAACGAUAACGGGAACGGCGGAGUGAUAGUGGAUUCAGGGACGGCCGUGACGAGGCUGCAAACAGAGGCUUACAACUCAAUGCGCGACGCCUUCAAAAAGGGGACGAAGGAUUUGGCGUCAACAGAGGGGGUGGCACUGUUCGACACGUGCUACGACUUGAGCUCAAGGAAGAGUGUGGAGGUGCCGACGGUGGCGUUCCACUUCGGGAACGGGAAAGAACUGAGUUUACCGGCUAAGAAUUACAUGAUACCGGUAGAUUCAUCGGGGACUUUCUGUUUCGCAUUCGCACCGACGUCGUCAUCGCUUGGGAUUAUAGGGAAUGUCCAGCAGCAGGGGACACGUGUCAGUUACGACCUGACUAAUUCUCUUAUUGGGUUCUCACCCAAUAAAUGCUAGAAAUUGAUUGAAAAAGAAAAAAGCAGUGGUGUUAAUUUUAAUUUAUAUUAUUAUGAUAUUCCUCCUGCUGAUUAGAUAUAUAUAUAUAUAUAUAUAUGGGGGAAGGAAUAGGAUUAACUAUUUACUUUAUUAUAAAGUUUUGUUUAUUGUAAUUGAAGAAUUGAGGUAGUUGCUUUUGUGUGGGCCUGACCUUAAUAACUGUAAGGCCCAAGGGUUGGGCCCACAUGUGGGUGUGGGUGUGGGUGUGGGUGUAUGUGUAAUUCUUGCAACUCAGUGAACUUACAUGUUUCUUUGUUUGUAUAGUAGGUAGUAAUAUUAGUUGUAAGUUGCAAGUUUGAUGCGAGAUGGUUAUUUAUGAAAUGGUAUUGAUUCUUGAUUAAUUA